AUGAAACUUCUUCUAACUUUCAUCUCAAUAUUUCUACAAAUUUUUUCUUUUGCAGAAUUAAAAGGUGAGUAAAAAUUAAAUGAUUAUUUAAACUAUACGAAAAAUUGCAAUUUUGUUGUUGUUUUUGGGAUAAAUAUGAAUUAUUAUAUUUAUAUUUAACAAAAAAUGAAAAAUAAAAAUAAUAAUAAUCACCAUUUAUCCAUUCAAACAACUUUUUUUUCGCGGAACAAAAAAAAAUGCAAAUUGGACCACCGGUCAAAAAACAAAAACAACCCAGUGGUCCAAAUCGAAUUCCGUUUUUCUUUCUUCUGUUGUGAAGAAAAAAUUUCCACUUUGUUUCAAAAAUAAGGCCAAAAUCAAAUUAACUCAAAAAAAGUUGCAGAAAAUGUGCCAACGGAGAUAAUACAUGCUCCUCAAUUUGAAGGUUUGAAAAUGAUCCCCUCCCAGAAAAAAAUUCUUGUGAUUUGUGAAUUUCCCUCCUGGCAUGAUUGAUAUAUAUGAUUAUCCUGUAGAUCAAGAAAAAAUUAGAUCGGGGGAUUUUGAAUUGGAAAAACUUUAUUGUAAAAUUUUCGGAUUACAGAAUUUUUAUUUAAUUUUUCCAGAGAAACCAAUUCAAAAUCUCCUGAAUUCCCUUUUCUUCUCACAUCAGAAUCUGAUUCUCAGAAACAUUUGAAUCACCCAAAAAACCCCGUUUUCCAGAUGUUUUCGAUAUUCGAAUUCAUGAAGGAGCUGAAAGUGGAACCAGAUUAAUAAUGAGUUCCGAAUUGCGAAAUGAAACAAGAAAAUUGACAUAUUGUUUCGGACAAUUAGACACCGAUGUUAAUUGGAUCGAAUAUUCCACCCCGAAAUCAGCAUUCUAUACAACUGAAGCUAUGCCACUCUCAGCCACCAAAAAUUCGAAUCAUUUAGGAGGAACUCUUCAUUUGUAAGUUUUCUUGAACCCCCACCCAAUUGUUAUCCCCAAUUUUUUUUGCAGAUUAUGCCCUGGAAAUUCUAUGCAUAUUUUCGAGUUUCGUGUUCAUAUCACACAUCGGAAUCAUCAUCCGCCAGAGUUUCAAAAACCAUUUUAUUUGUUCUAUGUUCCUUUAAAUUUGCAAAUUGGUGGAAUUGUUGGGAAAAUUGAAGUGUUCGAUUUGGACCCAGUUAUCUAUAAUUCAGAUUUUAAUUUGGAAUUUACAAAUAACCCGAAUAAUGAAUAUGUGAAUAUUGAGAAAGAUGGAACUUUGAAAUUAGCGAAAGAUGUAUCAAUAAUCCAUCCAUAUACACCAAUUCGAUUAGAAUUAUUGGCAAUCGAUUUUGGAAGUCCACAAAUGUACAGUAGAGUAAAUGUCACACUUCUACCAGUAACAGUUUCUGCAGUAAGAAAUCCACGUGUCAAUGUUGCCACGGAAGAAUAUCAAAUCUUUGAAUGGGAACCGCCAGAAUAUGGGCAAGUUCAUAAAUAUCGAUUAUCAAUUAAAAAAGAAGAUCAAGAACAAACAAUUUAUGAAGAAGAAUUGGAGGCGACGAGAAAUGUCGCAUUGACUAAAAUCAAAUUGGAUCCUUAUACAAAUAUCACAUAUCAAAUCGCUGCAAUCGAUUCAAAUGGUGCCACUUUGACUGAUUGGUUGUUUUUAGGAACAAUUGAUAAGGGAAUUGAAUGUGAUGGAGAUUGUUCAAAAGGCGGAGGUGUUCCUCUUUGCUAUUUUGGAGCAUUUAAUCGAAUCGAGCAAUUUGUUGAUUCGCGCGGUGCACAUUGUUUAUGUUUUCCUGGUUUUAUUGGAGUAUCUUGUGAUGGAAUUGGUGAGUUUAUUUGUUGAUUGAUAAAAUAAAUUUUCAAAAAUUCUCACAAAAAUUGUUGCUGCCCUUUUGUUUUUCUUAAAAAUCCAAAUCCAAAAACAAAAACAAAAUUAUAUAAAUAAAUAAGGCCAAGUAAUUUCUCAAGCUACCGGACAGUUAUAAAUUAGCUGAAUUAGAGCGACGCAGUUUAUGUUUUGACGAUGAUGAAUUAUUGCGCAACACUCAUAUAUGUAUAUUUGAGUGGACACUUUCUUCUCCUUCUUCUUCGCUUUUUCAUUUCCGGAUUGACAGUCUGCUGCUCUUUUAGGGCUCGAAAAAGCGGGGCGGGUCACUUGAAAGAGGCUGACCGCGUUUAAUUUGACCAAUCAACCAGAUUGAGCAGGAAAUUCACACUUUGGGAAAAGGAGAAAGAGAAUAUUAUUCAUAAUUUUCGGAAAAUGAAGGAAUAAAUAAAAUAAGAAAUGAAAUAUGAAUUUUGAAUUUUGAAAUUUGGGACACGUAAAAAAUAUUUCAAAAUUUCCAGACAAAUGUCGCGCUGAAAGAACAAUCGACGUUUUCGGUGGAAUAAACUGGAAAGAAGUCAACUCGAAUACAACACUCCGAUUACCUUGCCCGUAUAAUAGUCCAGCUGAAAAUCAAUCGAUUGAGCGAUCUUGUAAAUGGGAUGAGGAAUCAGGGCGAGCUGUUUGGAAAAAGGCGAAAGAAAAUGAUCGAUGCACACAUCAAUCAUCUGUUUUAACACAUCUUGGGAUGAUUGGAACUUUUUCAGCGAAAGCUACACAUGUUUCAGCUGUUAAUACAGUAACCUCGUGAGUUUUUUCUAGAUUCGCUGAAAAAAACAACAAAAUGAAAAAUUUUCAGAUUCAUCCGAAAACUAGUGAUGGUUCCAUCAUUUUCUGUCAGUGAGCCUGCAAAAUAUGCAGAUUUUGAUCAGAAAAUCGCUGAAAUGGCAGCAUUGGUUCUCGAUUCAGUUAUCAAAACAAAUCUGGAUGUUCUUGCUGGAAACACAACUGUUUUGAGGGAAGAAACUUGGAAUGUUAUCGACAGUUUUUCUCGAACUCUUCCAAUUCCUUAUGCUUUGGAAUCACCAGAUCAUGGAAUUCAUAUAAAAGCGAUUGAAUGGAAUCGAAAAGCUGAUUUGAAUGAUAAUAUGAUUGGAAAAAAUUGUCGACUUCAGUUGCCAACAAUUGAUUCUUAUCAUACAGUUCGAGCAAUUUGCACAUCGAAUGCAACACUUUUCGAACUUCUCGAUCCAAAAACUCCAGUUUUAUCAGUGAAACCAGAAAAUCGAGAUGAUUUUACAUUUACUAGAAUGACUAUUAUGAUUAGGUCUCCGGAUAAUUAUGAUAACUAUACUUGUGUUUAUUAUGAUGAAGAAGAAAAAGCUUGGUCGACAAAAGGAAUUCGAAGAAUUGAUCACAAUUAUUUGGGAUACGUUAAAUGCGAGACCAAUCAUUUUGGAGUAUUUUCAAUUUUGCCUGAUCGAAUGUUUUUCAAUUCGGAAUCUUUUUGGAAGGAUUUAUCAUCACAUAUGCCUACAGUAACUUCGUUUGUCACUUUAAUUUGUACUGUUUUGUUAUUGUUUAUGGCAGCCGUGCAAAAGUGAGUUCUGAAACUUUUUUUUAUUUUCUGGGGCUCACGAAAAUUUGUUCGAAAAAUGUUUUGAACAUGUUUCAAUCCAAAUCUUCUAUCUUCUAGACACACAUCCAUAAUUCUUAUUUUUCCAGAAAUCAACCAAUAGACUGUGCAUUCCUUUUCUACCUCUUCUUCAUUUUCAUGAUCCACCUAAUUCACCUUCUUUUAUUCCUUGCUCCACAAGUCGGCGAACCAUUCGCAUUCUCAACAACUCUUCUAUUCAUCCUCCAAUUUUGUAUCAUCGCCUCAGCUGGAUUACUAAGCCUAGUUCUAUACUCAAUCCAUACAACAAUAAUCAAUUACGAUGUGACGAAAAAUGACGAAGACUCAAAUGUCACAUGUUUCUCAAGACCAUUCCAUGUUUUUGCGAUGGGAAUUGGUAAAUUUUACGAAAAAAUUAUAUUUUCUCAUGAAUAUUUUUUCAGUGCUCCCAUUUUUGUUCACAUUUUCAACACAUUAUUUCACCGAUGGUCGAGAUAUUGAUAUUUCGAGAUUAGUUGAGAAAAUUGAUUGGCUUUUCAUAUCGAAUUACCUUCUUCCAACCGCUAUUUUCUUCUCGAUUUCGAUUGUUUAUGCAGUUUGGAAUGUUUAUAUUGCGAGUGGAACGAAGAAUAAUCGAAGAUGUACUUCGGAUAGAGUUUUAGCUUUGAGUCCAGCGAUCAGUGCGUCAUUGACAGCGUUAUUCAUGGUAGGAUUUUCCAAGUUUGAAACAUUUGAACUUCCCAAAUUCCAUGAAUUUUCCAGAUCUUCUUCCUGUGCUCAAAAAUUCUUUUAUUUUUCUUCCGCGAACAAUCAACUAUCGUAGUUCUUCUAUUUUGUGUCUUCCAAUCUUUCCACAUGGUCACCGCCUUCUUUUUUGCCUCCUACCUCUUCCGACUUCGCUUCCUUCUUCAACGAACAUCUGCAAACGGCGCGAAUUACAGUUGCUCCGGUGAAUCGACAGAUUCCCUCGAGAGAAAACGCGACAUCUCUCGAGCACUUUUGGAACACGUUGAUACAAAAUCCGACAUUGCAUCGGAUCGUUGUGUGAUUGAUGGUGGAUUUACUGAAGCUGGUUUUGCACCGCAUAGCAAUAAUAAUUAUCAAUAUACACCGCCGUCGUCAACAAAUGAAUAUACUCAUGAUAUUUCUGGUGGCCGGUAUUUGAGCAUGAAUCAUAAUAUUUUCGAGCGAGCACCAAUGGUUAGCAUUGUUUGA